GAUCAAAAGUCAAUAAACGAAAAAGACGACAAAAUGGAAAACGAUAUGAACGCUCUUAUCCAAGCCUUGACAGCGCUCACCGUAAUUACAAACCAAGUCCCAACAACAAACAAUAAUGAUUCGACCAACACAACUAUGCUUCUAUCACAAAUCCAAGCAUUGGCAACUACUUUACAAGCAGCUCAGAACUCCCAAACUAAUACUUCAGGUGCAACAACAUCGUUACUGGCCACGCAUGAAUAUAUGGCAGGAAGGAAACGAACAAGGCUAGAACGAGGAAAUAAUCCGCAAGAUGAUACAGAUCAAAUCAUUAAGCAAGACAAUAAGGACUACCCAAUGUCACGGCUGCAAAUAUUUUGCUGA